CGACCUAUCAGCCGGAGCUCACGUCUCCGAAUGUGACAUGGCGCCUGAGAAGGAAGUUUGUAGUUAAAUAAAUGUUGAUGUUAUUUUUAUGACAGUAAAUCAGCAACAGGGCUGCAAUUGGAGCCACACAUAUUUCAUAGAUACUUGCAUUGAUGGUAAUGCAUGCAAGGAAACCUCAGAGGAUUUCCGAUGGGUACUUUGAAAAACACCAAGCCCAUCCCUAUCAGAAUUCGAAGUACAGCAGCUCGAAAAGCUACGAUGGACGAUAUAACCACGAGAGAGUGCGAGAUUCACCCAAUGGGAACUCGUAUCGUUCAGAUAGCCCAGAUUCACAAAGUCCAAGAGAUAGGAAUUACCAAGCAAAAAAUUCAUACUUACAGAAAAUUCGUGAGAAGGAGAGAGAAAACAGAGACUACAAAUCAAGAGACAAAUAUUCCGACUGUGCCAGGUCUCCAAAAGAUAAAAGGAGCAGGGAAAGCCGUGAUUCAGAACACAGGACUAAUCAUGACAGGAGCAGUACAGAGAAAAUUAUACUACAUCCGAUUAAACUAGCAACACAGAAUUCAACCUCACGAGAUUCAUCACAGCGCAAACUUCCUCAUAAUUCCUGUCAGGAUAAACGUGAAGAGAGAGAGAGAAUUGCACGUGUUGGUGAUUGGUCAGAGCACAUCAGCUCUUCUGGGAAGAAAUAUUAUUACAAUUGCAAGACAGAAGUUUCGCAAUGGGAAAAACCUCGUGAAUGGAUUGAACGAGAGAGGUGUCGUGAGAAGACAAGGGAGUCAGAUCGCAGCUACAGCAGUACCAGCCGAUCAUCUCAUGAUAAACAUUCCAACUCACGAAGCACUUCACUGAGUAACUCACGGGACAGCAGUUCCAAAAGACAGCCGGAGAAGCGUGAUUCCUACUGGGCUAGCCAGCAGCAGCAACAGCAGCAGCCACAACAGCAACAGUCACAACAGCAGCAGUUGCAGGUUCCACCAACUAUCGUGGUUGAUGGUGAUGAUCGUGCACUGCGAAAGCAACCUGUGCCUCAGAGCCAGUCUCAGCAACAGGUGCAACAGCAGCAGCAACCACCUCACCAUCACCACCACCACCAUCACCACCACCAGCAUCACCACCACCAUCACCAGCAGCAGCAGCAACAGCAGUCACAGCAACAGGUUGCACAACAAGUGCAGCAGCAAGUAACACCACCACAGCAGCAACAGCAGCAGCAGCAACAAUCACAGCAACAGCAGGCACAACAGUCACAACAACAGCCGCAGCAGCAAACAUCACAAGUGCAAGAUGGUGAUGGGCAGCAGGCUGCACAGGAUAUGGACAUAUCUCCUGGUGACAGCACACCCACAUCUGAGGCAUCCUAUGGUCAUACACCAGAUGCGGGUUCUGCCAGUGCUGCUGCAAGCUCAGCACCUUCUCAUUCACAGGGUCCUGUACUGUUAGCUGCAGUCCUACCUAGGUUGUCGUCACAACCACCUGCAGUAGUACCUCCACCACAGGCCCCAACCCCAACCUGCAAUGUUCCUGGCCCACCUAGCAACCUCGUUAGUCUACCACGAAUACUGUCACAGAUUGCAGGUGGCAAGGCUCUUGAACAGUCAGAUGUCUUGCAGCAGAAAACCUUGCAGAGCUUGCAGAAUGUGCUGCUUCUCACAAAUCAGCGUAGUGCUACAGAGCCACUGAAAGUGGACACUAGUGGCCCUGCCAGCAUGGGAGAGGGACCUCCCACUCCUACACACUCGGAGAGCCAGGACUGUGUGGAUGCUAGAAAAUUGGCAAGUCCGCCCAGUAACCUGAGCUCCUUGCAGAAUUUGGGCACAGUAGGCAGUUGCAGUUCUUUACAUGCACUGCGUCCACAAGGGACCCAUUUGACACCAAGUCUGUUGAACCAUUAUCGUGAUGACUUGGUCAAUCAUGUACGUGGCUGGCCUGCUGAUGCUUUGGAAAAGCAGGCUCAAAAAUUAAGUGAAGAAGGUUAUACAAUGGGAAGCUUGCAGUGUACAAGAGUAUCGGCAGAACUGAAAACUGCAAGGUCUAUUGUUCGACUUACUGAAAUCCAAGCGACGCUGCAAGAGCAAAGGAUAUUGUUCUUGCGUCAACAAAUCGAGACUUUGGAACAAUUGAAAUCUCAGAAUUCCUUUAUGUCUGAUGAUUCGUAGUGCAGUAUGUGGAAGUGUGUGUGUGUGAUAUCACCGCACAAUAAGGAAGUGGUUGCUCUCGCAGGGAAACUUUCUCCAUUAUUGUUCCUGCUGGCUACAGGUGCAUUCUUGCUCUGUGUUGCUAUGUUGGAUUGGCAGAUUUUGAGUGAACCAGCAUUUAUCUUGUAUCUCAUUUAUAAAAUGGCUGUCAUGUAAUUUUCCCUUUUUUUUAUUGUAGAUGGAGACUAAGUGGACUUCUUUUAUGUAAAGGUUAUAUAUUUCUUGGAUUGCAUGUAUGCUGGGAAGAUUACUGAAAUUAGCUUUCCUGUGCUGUUGAGCUGCUUCAAGUAGUACUACAUAUGCACUGAAAUUCAGAUGCUAGAUGAGUCGUAAAUUAUUUAAUACCGUUGCAACCUGUAUUAAUUUUUUUACACUGACAUUCUGUAUGUGUGGCUGCUUGCAAGCUAGGUUUGGUUGGAGGACAAAGCCCUGCAGACAACUUGAAAUGGUCAGGCGACCUAAUGAUUUAAGUUAGCUUUUUGUACAUAACAAUAAAAUGAAAUAGUUGUAUGGACUUCUCAAGUUUCUCUUGCACUUCAUAUGUGUAUAUAGUUAUGAAAUGUGUGAGGUACGAUGACUGUGUUACAAAUUCCUGCUUAUGAAGCAAAGCAACUUGUAUAUGUUGUUAAUGUGGAAUCAUCCUCCAUGGUUACUAAAAAAAAUGUUGAUUCUUCUUGUCUGCAGUUCUUGAAGAGUCCAUAAUUUUUCAGUUAGUGACGUCAUAUUGUUGAUACAAUAAAGGAAAAAAAUCUGAAAAAGAAAUUCGGAGAUACUUUCAAUUGCCUCUGUAAGUGUAGUAGUCUAAAAUUUCUUGUUACCAGAGUUUUCCCCAGUAUCAAAAUUUUUAUCUACUUGUCUGUACAUAAAAUUAAAUGCUCCUGGCUUUUAAAAAUGAUUUGAAUGUUAGAAUAUUUUACCUCUUGUUCUGUGCAGAGACAGUAAAGCAAUGGUAUGCAAAAAAGUGUACACACAUUUCUGUAUAAAUCUUGAUCAAGGAGACUGUAAAAUAAAUAUACAAUCUUAUAUGAACAGUCUUUAAGCAUGCUGUACAGAGAUUUUAGUGUCAUUUGUUUCCAUUGGAAACAUUUUGUGAAGACUGCUGUUGCCUUUGGCACCAAGAAUUGAAAUAAUAUUGAAGUCAUUAAGCAAUCCUGGGUAUUUAAUAACACAAUUCCUAUUGUUACUAUUGUUGUCAUUAUUGUUGCUGUAUCAGUGUGGUAUCCACUUCGAUAAUGUUUUCUUUCCAGAGGUGAGAAUUUAUUGUUCUACUUGGGAGUUUCAUAAAGUUUGGUUAAAUGUGAUCAUUGGUAACAGUGUACAUAUCUGAAAGGUCUUUAAAGUUGACUGUUUGUUUUGAAAGUUUUUUUUGGAUUCUGACAUAAUUAUUUGUAGUUUGUUGAUGAGCAAGAUUAUUAGCAUUUGAAUGUUUGGAGUUUUUGCUUUGUGGAGGUAGAUUUAGUUCUAGCAUUAUUUGAUGGGACAAGUAGAAAAAAUUAAACCAUUUGUGUAAUUUACACAAAUCUUUUUGCUACAGUCACUGUUGAGAAAUAGCUACAUGAUAUGUCAGAAUUCUUUUCCAAGAAUAAUUAUUUAUACUCUGUAUGCAGAUAGCAGUUUUUUAUUGACUGUUAUCAUUUGUCAAAGACUUUUUUUUUCUCCUCUGCAGUAAAUAGACUGUUUUAUUGCAUUUAAUCUAAGAGUAAAUGUUAGGUACCUGGGCCACAGCCUGUGGUGUUUAGAAGGAAUAAUUUUAAUUAAACAAUCUGUUUGUUGUUCUCCAA